AUGCCAUCGGGAGGCGAAAAUCAAUCACAUGCCAUGUGUGAGUGUUUGGCGCUAACCACGUUUACGGUCGCAAGGCAACCGAUGAUGCCGAUUUUGGUGUGGUGCGCCUUCGAGAAGUCUUCUAGAAGAGGUUUGGGCCGUAUUAUACUUUCGUUUUGUGUGGACGGAUUUGUCGGUGUACUUGCCCGAUGGGCUGGUAUUGGUAAUUUUCGGUAUUUGGCGGGGGUGGGUUCUUGGGAAAAGGGCUUUUUCCUUGUUUAUAGCAACACAACACAUCUGUGGCUGUUUCCGUUUAACGAGGCUAGCGUGUAUCUUUGCGCGGCGAGAUUCCGUCGGAUGCGGGAUUCCAGCACACAGAAUUCCGCAUACCAGCUAGCCGGAAGAGCUAGGAGUCACAUGAUGGCAAUGACUUUUUCUGGUGCGGCGUACCUCGAAUACGCGCUAUCCCGAGGUCACAACCAAUGA